UAGCUCAGUGUUUGUAGCUGCUUAGCUGGUUGUCUCAGUAUGAGCAGCAUAGUGGCUUUAGUGAACUGCUUCAGACAGCUUUCACCUUCCACCCACACAGUCUUAUUUGAGGCCCUUAGUCAGUCAGCAGGCAUGUUUGGAACCGGCCCCUGUGCUUUGCAAGGGCUCGUGUUGCAGGGCAGUCACGUAUGGGCAUUUGUCGUUAUAAAUACUUGACCACUCUCCAGGGUGCGGUUUUCAACCCUUUAAAGCAGCUUCGUCUCCUGCUACCAAGCUGACUUUUGGCUUCGAGUGUAGGUACCGAUUGCUACCGGUCAUCUUUUCCUGAGAAAGAAGUGAAAUGGAACACAAUGGGUCUGCUUCAAAUGCUGGUAAGAUCCACCAGAAUCGAUUGUCCAGUGUGACUGAAGACGAAGACCAAGAUGCAGCUCUCACCAUUGUGACCGUGCUGGACAAGGUGGCCGCCGUUGUGGACAGUGUGCAGGCGAGCCAAAAGAGAAUAGAGGAGAGACACAGGGACAUGGAAAACGCCAUAAAGUCCGUCCAGAUCGACCUGUUGAAGCUCUCGCAGUCACACAGCAACACGGGCUAUGUUGUUAACAAACUGUUUGAGAAGACCCGGAAAGUCAGUGCUCACAUUAAAGAUGUCAAGGCCCGGGUGGAGAAGCAACAGGUUCACGUAACCAAAGUUGAAACCAAGCAAGAAGAAAUAAUGAAGAAAAACAAAUUCCGGGUGGUAAUAUUCCAGGAGGAUACUCGGUGCCCCGCAUCCCUGUCUGUUGUUAAAGACAGAAGCCUGCCUGAGAACCAGGAGGAGACUGAGGAAGUUUUUGAUCCCCCAAUAGAUCUCUCAUCAGAUGAAGAAUAUUAUGUUGAAGAAAGCAGGUCUGCCAGAUUUAGAAAGUCAGGCAAGGAGCAUAUCGAUCAUAUCAAGAAGGCAUUUUCCAAGGAAAACAUGCAGAAGACGCGUCAGAAUCUUGACAAGAAAGUGAGUGGAAUUAGAACGAGAAUAGUCACACCUGAGAGGAGAGAGCGACUGCGGCAGUCCGGAGAGAGGCUGAGGCAGUCGGGAGAGAGGCUGAGGCAGUCGGGGGAAAGAUUUAAGAAGUCAAUUUCAAAUGCUGCCCCCUCAAAGGAAGCCUUUAAGAUACGCAGCCUUAGGAAACCUAAAGAUCCCAAGGGCGAAGGCCAGGAGGGGGACAGAGGGAUGGGCGUGGACAUCAUCUCAGGUAGCCUGGCUCUGGGGCCCAUCCAUGAGUUUCACCCUGAUGAGUUCAGCGAAACAGAAAAGGAGGUGGCCAAGGUAGGGUACAUUCCCCAAGAAGGAGGGCAUCCCCCGACUCCUGAGCCUUUGAAGGUGACUUUUAAGCCUCAGGUGAGAGUAGAAGAUGACGAGUCACUCCUGUUGGAUUUAAAGCAGUCUUCCUAGGGAGGAUUUAAGUGUGAGCAUCAAUCACUUUAAAUCAGGUAGUCAUUGUUUGAAUAGUGCAGUCAUUUAUACUCAGAUGCAGUAGAAAGGCAAAUGGCAUAAAAGCUUCAUUUCUUACCUUUAAAAUUCUAAAAGAUUAUAGAAAUAUCAUAUACAAUUUUCUUAUAAUUUUGUUGGGAAUUCUAUUUCCCCUGAGAAUAUAUGACUCUGACAGCUUUCUCCCCC